GAUAAAUUUUACUCUUUUCCUGUGUUUAAUGCGGCGAUUGUAAUAAUCACUCAUGAAGUGGAAUGGCAGAGAUCCAUGAGAUGGAACAGAGCACUUCGUCCUUAACAUCUCGUCGACUUGGUGAUGAGUUAUACGAGGAUGGAAAAAGGUCACCAUUUUAUGACUCGGAUUCUCCAAGUGAUACUCCGUCCGUUAAUGGGUAGGUAAUCAGUUUUGGAAAGUUUAUGUACUGAAUUCAAACAAGUUUAUUAAGUAGUCGUUUAAUAAUUAUAUUCCUCUUAAUUCCUGUUUGUGGUCAAACAUGACAAGAAAAAGAACCUGAUUUUUGAUCAGUAGUUUCAAAUUUUAACAGACCGCAAAAUCAUUUAGUGUAAAUCAAGAUCAGUGUUUUAAAAUGUAUCUAAAUUGUGGUGAAAUAUUGUUGAAAGGAGGAAAAACACAUUUGUUAUCUUUUAUAUGAUUACCGUGGCUCGCAGCUGCAUAAUCUUUGCCUGUGUUUAUCAAGCUAUGAUAUGAUUGCUAAUCAGUAUGAAAACAGCUGGAAUCUCGCUAUACAAAAAGCUCUCCGGAAAAAAUGACAAAUUGGAUGGCUAAUUUUAGUUUUCUAGCGCAGCUCCUCCACUUUUUAGCUUAAGUUGCCCCACCUGAGCGAGAAAAAUUAAUCGAGUUCUGCAGCAAUUUUAAUUUGAAAUGUACGAGGCUCAUAAAAGACUAUAAAACAGUAAUAAAAUUGUGUCCACAGUAUUUACACUUCAAAAUCUUCCACAGCGGUGCAAGUGCUUCAACUUCUGCGAGGUCUUCUCGUUCAUCCACGUUAGGAUCAGGCUUUUCCACGCGGUCAGCUACAACUUCAGAGAGCGAUGCUGAAGUCGAGGCAUUAGAUAAUGUACGGGUUGUUGCAAGGUUGGUAAUUUUGUUUCGGUCGAAGUUUACUUAUGGUGUAUAUUUAUGUUAAUUUUUGCCGUGACCGUUUCCUUAAUUAUAUAACAUAUUCGAUUCAGUCCUAUCAAAAAUUUUAUUCUGAUAAUUUUGUAAGUAUCGAUUAUUGUAAAAAAAACAUUUUGUUAGAAUAUUAUCAUCGUUGAUGAUAUCAAAUCAGAUUUUUGAAGCCUUGACAAUUUUAAAAUAUAUGUUGCCAUGUAACUUUAUUAAACGUAAUGUUAAUAAAAGUCUGUUGUUUCAUUUUGAGCCGUUUGCAAACAGACAGCUUAGCAAAGAAAAUUUGAAUUUCUAUGGGUCUUCUUCCAGCACGGUUUAUUGUUAAAAACUGGCUGUCUGACAGCUAUUAGCAUAAAUAGCAAAACUAGCUGCCACUCACAUUUUUGUCCAAAUCUUGUUCAUUGUUGGACCAUUGCUAAUGAGAAUGUAUUGGUAUACAACUGUACCUGUGGCAUUAGCAUACAGCACUGUUGGAAAAAGCAUGCAAUCAAAUGAGUUUAAUUUCUCCUGCACCGUUGAGGCCCUGCCUGGGUAAACUCCGACAAGUGACAUGGCCCAAAAAGAAGCGACAGCAUAAUUAUAAAAUGAAAUCGCGUCAAGAGACAACCUCCCCCGACCAAAUUGCGACAGUGACGGCAAAGCCGACAAUAAGCGACGAGCAUUUAUAAACACUGACACGAGACGUUUUAAAAUUCAGACUGAGUUAAUUCAGGCUUAACUGACAUAUGACCAGUAACAUCACUGCUUAGAUGAAAGAUCAAGACAAAUUUAUAGCCAUAGGCCCCAUUUAUAAGCAAAACUGACAAGGUAUAACUCACUUUCACCCCUGAAAAUGACUACAGCACUGAUUGUUGAAAUUUCAAUCACUGUCAAGAACAGUACUAUUUGGGACUACACUUGCUGGGCCAAUCAUAUUCCACACGCAUUUAUACUCAUGACAUGGCUCCUGGUUUCAAACCAUUAAUUCACCUACAGUUGUCAUUACCUAAAAUAUCAUAGUUUACUGAGCUGAGUUCUAAGAAAAAUAUUUUGUGGGAGCUUAAGCUUUCAGGGUACCCAUUACUUAUGUUAUGUUAUUUGCUGAUACACUAGCCCAAAGGCCUGGUACCAGGAUCCUUUACAUCUUAUUCCUGAUAAAAGUACAGUAACCAUAUUAAGAUCAGUAAAUACCUCAUACUUCUGUCCAUGAUGUGAAUUGGAUGUGAGUUUGUGCCAAAAGUCCUGACUUUCCACGCCUUGCCUGCAGCAAAUUUUAUUAUUAUUAAAAUAUAAAGAAAAAGAUCAGCACACCUUUAUCUUAUGUUUUUUAGAGCACGACCAUUAAAUCUUUCGGAAAAGGAAAGAGGUGACAAGAAUAUCAUCAAGCUACCUGAAAAUUCUAAUGGAGCCGUGUGGGUCAGUAACAUACCUUUGUUUUUGUUGAGAUGCCUAUUAGGAUAUUGCUAUAUUUGAUUAUUUUAGAAUUUUUAGGUUAUAAGUACUUGCUUAAAUGACAUUCUGUGGGCUUCAAACUCAAGAAAGUGAGUUUCACCCCCUAAUAUCCAGUCACUGAGAAGUGGGUAAAAAGAGGGACUGGAUGGCCAAGUUUUUAAAUUCCACUUUGAGGUUGCGUGAGACCAUAUGUCCUCUCACUAUAAUCUGUAUAUUUCUCUUGAGGGAAGAGAGCAUGAUACAUUCUUGUGACCGAUAAUAAUAUUAUUGAAAUGAUGCUCUUGACAAUGCCCCACAGAAAAUAUGUGCUGGUUUUUCAAAGAGACAUCUGAAUAUAGCUGUUGUUUUGAUUUUCCUGAGUACAAAAUUAUUAUUCGGUAGCGGACUUUUUUGUGCCUAAUGGGAAUUCGAUUUCAUUUGUUCUUAUUAAUUUGAAGCGAAGGGUGGCUGGCAGCUCAUGGAAAAAAGGUAUCAGUCCUUUUUUCUCUGCCUGAUCACAGUUUAACCUUGAGGUGUCUAUGGACGUCACAAGAAACAUGAAACAGUCUAUCAAAAACACUGUUUGAUGUGGUUUGUCCAAAGAUCUGCAAUAUUUGAAAAUUGACUAGAAUAAUGAAUUAGGCUAAAUUACAUUUAGGGAAAGGUACAUUAAAUCAAGUCACAGCAGGGCAGAAGAAUAACCAAUAGGAGAGGUCCAGGAAAAUUACCAUGUGCUUUUGCUUUGAACUGAUCAUUGCUUCUUUCCUUCCUCUGUUUUUCCCCUCCCAUCCUGGACAGGAUGCUAGUCUAUCGCAGGGUUACCCCCCAGCAGUAUGUCACUGGUACCCAUUGAUACACCUGGGUGAAGAGAGACAAAAUGGAGUAAAGUUCCUUGUCUAAGGAUACAAUGCAAUGGGCGAGGCUUGAACCCUAGACCUCCAGAUCUGGAGUUCGAGGUGUUAACCACUCGGCCACAUAUGCCUCCACCAUGAAUCAAUAAAACUUUGUUGUAAUUCACAUCAGUUUUCACAUUUCAUAGUCGCGAUUUUUUGUUAUUUGACUUGAAACAGGAGUUUUUUUUUCUUCUCCUGUUUUUGCAGAUUGAUAACAGUUUUGGCCAGAUCAAGCCUUUCACCUUUAAUGCAGCAUUUGGUGAGGAAACUACUCAGAAGGAGAUGUUCAAUGAAUGUGGCAUCAAACAUUUGGUGGAGAUGGCUGUUGAAGGGUUUGUUAAUAAUGAUCAGGCCAUUUCAAGUUUGAAAACAGGGCUUCAAAACAAGUUUGAAAUUUUUUAAGAAACAUAAAAAAUAUUUGCCCAGCAAGAAAUCCACUUGUCCCAGACUAAUGGCAGGGACUUAAUUCAAGCCCCUGAAAAAAUGAGCCAUUUUGCUGUCUAGUAUUUUACCUGUGCUAAAUUGGCCCACCAGAAGUUUCAUAUGUACUCAGUACUUUUUGCUUGUGUGUGAGUGUGUGUGUUUCUUUUUUACUUUAUUUAGAUAUUCAUGUACAGCUUUUGCUUAUGGCCAGACUGGAUCGGGAAAAACCCACACUAUCACUGGCCCACUGGUAACUAAGACACUUGAUUCUUAAAAUUUGCUGGAAUGUUAAGUUUUACUGUUUUGCCCUCACAGCCAUUUCAUCUAUACUGCAAUAUUUUCACACCUUUUCUAGUAAAUUCCUCACUCUCAAAGAGAAAUGAAAUGCUCAGAUGAUGCUUAGAUAAUCUGAAAAGAGUUGCAGUUGCAUGCGAAUAACCUGGGGCAGGUUGUGGAGGGGACAGGGCUACUAUAAGGAAUUCUUGUUGGGGGUGUGCCAAACAAAACCCACUGAAUUGUACUUCGCAAAGUUGUGUAAUGGGAUUCUUUGCCCCAAGGUCUAAAUCCCCACCGUUUUGCAUGUUCCUUUAGACUGAAAGGUACUCCUUUUGGGCAGAGCAUCCCCAUGUGGUCUAUUACAAGAAGUACCAUUAAGUCUCUAGGGAAUCACCCUAGGGAUGAAUGUUUUUGAACUGGCCUAUCCAGCACAGUUGGAGUGCAAGUCUCCAAACAGUACAGCUUUGGUAGUUAAUGAAGUCGCACAAAUUUAAUCUCCCUUUCUUGAAAAAAGAAAAGCUUAAGGGAGGAAAAUCUUUUGCAGGUAUUGAAUGGAAUGUCCUAAUUUAUUGUAGGAAAAUUCUGCUGACAAGGAGAGGUUUAUUCCUGAUCCAGACAUGCAGGGGCUGAUUGAGAGGUUUGCAUUUGUGAGGAGUGAUUGAGCCAGUGUAUUAUUAUAAUUACAUUUCUAUAAUCAUUGUUGUUAUUAUGAGGUAUUAAGUUUCUGCAACAGUGAUUGACAAUAUACAAGGUCAUAUAUUACACAGGAGGUAAGUGCUUGCCAGAAAUAAAGAUGUCCAUGCUCUGCACAAAGACUUUGGAAGGUUCUGACACUAUGACACUACAUACAGGUCUCAAGAUGUGCUAUUUUCAAGUUGACUAAUUUUAUUUGUUCAAUGUGUUUUCAGAUCCUUCCAUUAUAUGUUUGAAUUAAUGGAGAGUCAUGCAGAUGUGGAGUAUACUAUUAGAGCAUCUUAUUUAGAAGUGUAUAAUGAAAAGGUGUGCGUUCUUUCUCACAUAAAAUCCACAUAGUUUGAAGUGGACAAGUUUGGUUUGCAGAACUUUCAAAAUUAUGAUUAGAAAUAGCCUGGUGUCCACAGCUAUAUUAAAUCGUCUUAAAUUUUUAACAAUUAAUGCUCUCUACUUCAUUGCAUUUGGAAAUCUUGGGACAAUCUAUGUCUAAAAGAAUGACUAAUCUUAAAACUACACUUGCUAGUUCCUGGACUCCCGUAUCAAAAUGGUGCAUUGGAUAAGCUCAACAAUUUAACCUUAUUUUUUCCCUCAGAUUCAAGAUUUGCUGAAUCCCUCUAGGGCAAGGGACUCAUUACCUGUACGCUGGGCAAGGGACAGAGGCUUCUAUGUAGAAAACCUGUUUUUUGUUGAGUGUGACACUGUGGAUGACCUGAUUGCAGUAUUAGAGGAAGGUAACUGAUUAAUUUGUAAAGUCUGGAAAAAAAUCGGAAGGAAGGUUACUUUCCUGGUCCCUUACAUUAUAGUGAGCUGGGUGGAGUAGAGGUAGGUUGAUUAGUUCUGUAGUUGGGAUAGGUGGGCACUCUAGUGGGACUGAACUCGUAAAAUGGAAAGAGCUGACUGAAUUUAUAUGGCUAUCUCUUGCCUUGCUUUAAAACUAUAGACACUUUCUUCUGCUGUUAACUUUAUGGUAAAUUGCAAAGUUGUGGUUGGAGGUAUUCACAGUUUGGACUAUCAAAGAUUGCGCCUCUAAAAAAAGCGGUCUCUCCUCACUCCUCGCCACGAAGGACCUUUUGCAAAACGUCUCUUGUGGCGAGGAACGAGGACAGACGGCUGUUUUCACAGGCCAUCAAAGAUUAAAGGAGCUAAUUGUCACGACAUUUAGCUAAAUUUAUUUUCCAGGCCCUGGCCUUCAAAUCAAGAGAAACAUAAAGAUAACCGAUCAAUACAUGUAUGUUGACAAAAGGUUUAAAUAACAGAGAAAAUACAAAACUGAAGGCACGGAUGGACAAAAAUUGAAGAAGAUCAGAAUGAAAAGUUUUUCAAUGUUUGUCUCUGUUGUUUUUACCGCUAAGUUUAAAUUCAGUUCUCGGGAUACAAAGCUGUGACUUUGUCAUUUACAAGGAACUUUUUCGUUAACUUUCAGUGUCAUAGUGAGUAAGGUCACGUAGUUGAAAAAAGCAAAACAAAAUCUGGAGUGGACUGCCAUGACACAGCCCCUGAGAAACAAAGAAGUGGGCGGGUGACGGACACCGAAGAUGCUACAUACCUUGUAUUAAUUUAUAACAAGCUUUUUUGACGGGAGUUCGAGUUAUCAAGAUUUCAAAAGGACUACUAUACCCUAGUACGAUUUCUCCUUUAUUGACUGCCAGAGAUCUGCAGAAGUAAAAGAGUGUAACAAAUGUACUUCUGUUUAUUUUGUGCAGGUCUACAUAACCGUCAAGUUGGGUCUCAUAUGAUGAAUGAUCACUCUAGCAGGAGCCACAGUAUGCUUACAGUAUACAUAGAUAUUGAGUCGGUGAGACUUACGUUCAUCUUUGAUACUCUCUCCUCUCCUCUCCAGAGACUUCUUUGUGUCGUUGGGAGGCUAGUGAGAGAGAAAAAAGAAUGGAAUACUCAGCGAGAGCUUCUGCGGAGGAGAGAGUCUUCGAUAGACAAACCUUUUAAGUCUAGAAAAAUAUUGAUGAACUUGUAACCAAUUAGUCGCCCCUAGAGAAAGUAGUCAAAGUAAGGAACAAUUAUAUGAAAGCCGCGCUGCGGUGAAUCGUGUCUCUGAGGAUUUCUAUGGUCAUACAGACUUGCUAGAGAUGGGGACAGUCAAGUGAUCCAUUUGUGUUUCAGGGAAGGUCAUGUUUCCAAGACUGGCUUUUUUUUUUUUUGGAAAGAGAAAAUUUAACGGUCCAGUUAUUUAUAGAUUGCAUCAGAAUUUAAGCCCGUUCUUUUUGUCAGCUUUAAACGUCUACGUUCGGCAACGUGUUAAAGAGAACGUAUAUGGCAGUAGGAAACUGAUUUUCAUUUCAUAACAUCAAACUUGAGUAAAUAAGAACUGUCAAAAAUGCAGCUUCAGGGAAAUACUUUUGACAGUUCUCACUAAAAUGCCUAACAACCGAUAAUUAAAUUCUUACCUAAGCAAAUAAGAUGCAGUUAGUUAACAUUUUAUUCUUGGAAGUUGAUUACCGAAUUUAGCUGUGCGCGUGGUUUAUAUUCCUUGAAUGUCGAUUCGUUUUUUUCUGUGUAUGCGGUUGGUUUACCUUAAAGCAUGAAACAGGGUACCGAUAUGGACUGAAAUGGGAUUGUUGCUUUCUAAAAGGAGACCAGUGAAAUCAGCUUUAUUAGUAGCCAAAUUGUUAGUAGAUGAGUGAUACUAAAUUAUAACUUUCUUUUCAACUGGUUCGAGCCUUUUAAACGCUCGUUAAAUUGUCUGGUGGCACAGACUUGUCCAGGGAAGGACUUUCUGUGAUACUUUAUUUAUUGCAAACUUUUAAUUUAUUUACAAACGGUUCGUAUUUUAAUAAUAACUUUCAAUUUCUACAAUUGUAACGAACGUUUCACUUUCUUUGUAGAAUGAUUCCGGUGACGCGUCUGGCUAUCCAGUGGUAAAGCACGGAAAACUGAGUCUUGUAGAUUUAGCUGGUAAGAUUAAAAGGUUCAAAACAUACAUCCUAAAGGUUCUCUAAUAGAACUGGAGGUUUGCGGCCGCCUCUAAGACGGCCAAAUUGUUUUCAUUGCAGCGAAUGCAUUGGAGAUCUUAAGAUACCACAACGGCGACUUCAGUGAAAACUGUGACGUCACCGAAAAACUGGCUUCGUGUCCUUCCAAACGCUUUCGCGAUUAUUCUUCAGAAACUGAACUGAAGCGAAGGGACCACGUCCGAAUUCAGAUAGAUACGGUAGAAUUUAUCGUAUUUCCGUUCGCUUUCUUUAGGACUUACAGUUUGAUCAGUUUACGUCGUAGUUCUGCAGGUACGGCCGUGUAGAAAUUUACAGGAGAGCGUACUGCAGGUGCACGGCGUUUAGAGUUGUGUUCUCACUAUUCUUCAUUGACGGUUUCUGUUGCCAUUGCUUUUGCUGUCGCCGUCGUAGCCUCGUAAAGUCCGCAUUCGCUUUGUUUUAACCCCUCAACAACGACGACCUUGCUACAAUGCUUAUGGUCAUCUCACUCCUUUGAUCCCAAAUUGGUGGGGUGGUGGUGGGGGGGGGGAGGUGCAUGGGUGAGUUCGAUUGUACUUUGAAAACAAAUUGUAUAAGAUAUACGCGUAGAAUUCCUGGAAAUAUCGUGUCAUGAAAGUGGCUAGUACUUACUUGAGCCCUGCAGUAAGCGUGUUUCUAAUCGGUUCCUUAUCGUCAGUUAAUUUUGUUUGACUGUUGUUCAAAACUCUUCCUUUGGCAAAUGCGCUAAUGUUUCAAAAUAUUUGUUUUUGCCUCAAACUUCUCCAAACGGACACUAUUUUUUUUUUUUUUGACUUUUCUAGCAACAGGUUUUGCGAAAUAUUGCCGGCAUUUUCGAGGAGAUGCGAUGAGUUUUGUUUGUUUGAAGGAACAACCUCUGAAUUCCACACACGUACGUAAAAUAUGUACACUCAGGAACAUUUUUUCUUUGCGGUUAAAUUCUUUGUUUUUAACUGCAUGAAAGUAUAAACAAUGACACUGCUGCCUUGCUGUCAAUAAAUAACCGUGAUAAUUGUUUGAAAUACUGUUGUCCUUUAUACCCAGGUGUCUCUAUGAUUCUGUCAGUUACACCACAAACACGGGGCGCUGCAUAUAAUUGUGUUUUGAACUCUUUAAUAAAGGAUAAUGAUGUCAAUUUCCACGGCUCAGUAGCCAGCCGUUUCGUUUAUUAUGUAAAAUUGGUUAUGCAUGUCGAAGAACUGAAGACAAUGAACUAAACCGAUGAUGGUUCACGACAUUUAGCGACAUUUAGUACAUUUGAAGGGCAAGAGUUAUUGAGCGAAGAAUUUGUCUUGUAAGUACGUAAUCUGAUGAAAGUUUCUUUGAUUGGGAUUGGUUUAUACCUGACGCACGAGUUUUAGUCAGCUUGUCCGUAGUUAGUUUUCCCAUUGUUUUCUAAGUUAUUGUACUACACGAACGUGCAAUCUAACACAACCAACAACUUCAAGGGCUUGUUUCGUUUAAAAUACAGGUGUACUGUUUGCCACGAUUAUCGGCUACGAUUAUACUAAAUUUAAAGUCAACGUAAUCUAAACCUGAAUCCUUGGCACUUAUCAGACACUUAGUCAAGUCUGAAAGUUUCAAAACAAGAUAGCUUUAAUGUUCAUUGUUGCUUAACAACGACAAACGCCGUUGAAACGUAGUAGUUUUAAUAAAAAGUCAUAUUCCUCUAUUUUACUACCUAUACAUUUUUUUAAAUGAUUUACUUUGUUCGGUUAAUCAGAUUAGAUUAUCUUUGUGGCGUUGAAGGUUUUGAAUCUUUACACGUGUCAUAACUGAUUUGCGUUUGCUUUUUCUUCCUUCACAGGGAGCGAGCGUGUAAAAGAAACGAAGUCAGUCGGAGGAACGUUCACUGAAUCACAGAACAUAAAUAAGAGUUUGUUGACGUUAGGUGAGUUUGUCAUGACUUGAUUCCAUAUUUUACCGGCCGACGGAUUUAGUGCUAAAUCAAACAAAAGAAAACGAGUUGUUUUAUUGUGGAUUUAACAUCAGUACUAUUAGAUCGACACUUGUAAACAUGGAUUUGUGUUAGGCAUUAAUCGAUUUUUUGGUUGAUCCAUCUUCGAUCCUUGUUUCUACACUAUGUUAAAUUAAAUGUCGUUCAGCAGGAAACUCGCUGUUUGCGAAGUUUAACUUUAUUCGUUAUUUAAUACGUUGCCUUAUCAACAAGCAUUUGUUGGAUUAAUUGUGGAAGAAGCAAGUCCUAAAUCACACUUUUUGUUUUAAUUAAAUUGCCGAAAUGUGUCGCAAACUGAAAUUUUGAUUAAAUACAAAUACACCCUCAGGCUGUUUUGGUACCGCCAUGUCAUGACUAAAUAGCAAUUACAUAAUAAUAAAAGGCUUAAAUGUUUUAUCAGUGUCAUAGCCUCAUCGUUUAAACGGAUUUGUUUGUUUAAUAUAGGUUUUUUCAUCAGAGUUUCCUUAUAUAUGUAGUUAUACCGCAUCUACGGAUUUGUAUAUCAACAUCUUUCAUUAAAUCUCAUUAAGUUCUCUGAAGUUAUUUCACUACAUGCUUAAAAUUGAUUCCAUAGUCUAAUUAACAUGUUAAAUGUUACAAGAUUGUAUCUUCUGAUAUUUCCUGAACCAUUAUUACGUUCAAAUUGUUGGCAUUGUUUGCAUGCAUGUCUUCCUUGGUGAAGCAAAACCCCGCGCGCGCGCGCGUUCAUCGAGCUGUGCUGUGUAUCUCUGCAGUUCGUUAACAAUUGUAGUUUGGCUAAAAUAUUAACGGUCAACUCUCCUCGCAGACGGACACUGUUGGGAAGUGUCUGCCUCACAGAGUUUCACAGCGAGAGUCUGUGAUUUUUACAGUUACUAUUCUGAACUACCCUCCAUCUCCAAUUCACACACCCACGAGGUAUCGUGCCAGCGAUUGGGACUGAAAGCUCAUUUGCAAGCGAGACUUUCUAUUGUUCAGUUUCAAAAAGAGAAGUUCGACCUUUACCAGAUAAUCGUCUUGAUCAGUUUAUGCGGUGUUACAUUUUGAGUUUUGUAGAUGAGAUCUUCGGUUGAUACUAGUUUGCUCUAUGAAAACUCUGCUGAUCAGUACUUGUUUGUAGCGGUUAGUGAUCUUCAGCAAUGUACUUUUUCCAUAACUUUAACUUUGUUCUAUAGCUGCUUCGCCUCCUGAAUGAAAAACUGAAAAGUCCUUAUUUGGAACGAAACUUGCCAGAGUAUACUCGUUUGUCUUUCAAUACUUAUUUCUUUAAUGCUUGUUCUUUGAAGGCUAGACAAGUCUAUUUAAAGACCUACUCUGGGAGCUAAAGUCGCCGCAACUUAACGCGACUUAAGGCGACUUUAGGAAAAUUUGCUCGAAAUGUUAUGCGAUUUAAGGCGGUUUUAGGCGACUUAUGGCCAUAUAAGAUGACCAAUUAGGUGAAUUAAAUGUAAGUGUAUGUGACGAGUGCCAAGUGUGCAUUGUUGUAUUUGUUAUUAAGAUUAGGGUUACGUAAACUAAUGUGUCAACGCGAAUAUUUAAUAAGCAGAAAUUUAAGUUACUUCCUGUCUUGUUAAAGAGAGCUUAUUUCUCUCGUAUCGCUGUCUCUCACAAGUGUUUCAGUGUAUACAAAAUUGACAUCCACUGAUAACACCACCUGUCUACGGAGACAGUCGCACACCUAUAAAACUACCAAAUUUCCAACAGUCUCAACACAUUUAAUACUAAAAUAGUGAUUCUAAAUUAUAUGAUGAACGCUAAAUAUCAAUUAAGGUUAGCUAAGCAGCCUUGAUAUCUUUGUUCCGGAGCCAACGAAUUAACAAAAAUGUGUUUCAAGUUUCCCUUCAACCUGAUUGGCCAAUGGACAAUGGUAUUAUUAUUAUUUUUUUCGAUGAAUGGGAUUGAUUACAGUUCUGUAAUCUGAUUUCCCUAAAAUAUUUCACUUGCCAGCCAGGAAAGUUGAAAACAAAACUUAAUAUACCCUAAGACACUUGCACACUGUUUAACAGACAUAACCUUUCAAUGCCGUUCAACAACACUUUUACCGUGAAAUUUGUUACUUUUUGUCGAUUUACGCUUUUUGUCGAUAAGUUCUUGACUGUUGACCAGAAUUUUUGUGGGUUAGAUGAGUUAACAAGUUCUUCCAUUGUGUAGUUCUGAUGUUUUCAAAGCAUUUUUUAACCAUUGUUUUCAAAACCAAUACGUUGUCAAGUAUUCCGCUGGUUCAGAUGAUGAUAAUUAUUGAACAAAGGUUAUUUUCACUGUUUUAAAAGAAAUUGUGCAUUCAGAUGAUGAAAUUCAAAUAGAAAACUAAAAAAGUAAUUGCUACGAGACAAUUUCAACCUCUAGAGAUUAUAAUGAUUUAAAGCGACUUAAGACGAUUUAAGGCGACUUUAGGCGACUUAAGGUCCCAAAGUUUAGGCGACUUAACCCCCAGAGUAAGUCCCUUUAGUGACCAACAUCAAUUUUAACCCUUGAUAUCCAUAGAUUGUCAAGAAGCAAAUUCUCUCAUCUCUAUAAUUUCUUUAAAAUGAUCACAAAGUUGAAAAAUUUGAAAAAGAUUUUAUCAAAUUUCUCUUUGGUGAUUCAUUUAAUUAAUUCUCAUAACCUCAUCUCUUGACAUUGUAUGGAUAUUGUUAGGAGAAAAUUGAUGUUGCUCACUAUUUUCUUAACAUUCAAUCGAAUAAUGCCAGUGUUUGUGGCAACCUUCCUUUCACAGGAAACUGCAUUUCUGCACUGAGCGACCCAAGAAAGAAAGGAGGGCACAUUCCAUACCGCGACAGUAAACUCACUAAACUUCUAGCUGACAGCUUGGGUGGGGAUGGUAUCACCCUUAUGGUAAGUGCUUCACACUCUUUCUCAUUACCCUGAUAUUAGGUCAAAAGAGAGCGAAAGCCGGCGGAAGUUGCCGACAUUGACAGAUUCCUUCACGUUUGGUCUCAACUAUCGCGCACGCUUGGGGAAUUUUAGUAUAACCUUGUUCAGCAUAGUUGAAGUACAAGUAAAUGCCAACAGGAAAGACUGUAGAAGAAAGAAUGAUCGCCGAAAAGAAUGGUAACAGUCCGUCCCACUAGACAUUACUCCUCCUUACACUGAAGUCUACGUAAAAACGAGAUUUAAAAUAAAAAUUAAAGUUAUAGUAAAAGUAGGUUGAGUCGAUCGUCCGGGUGAAAGUAGUCCUGAAUAGGACUGUUGUUGUUGACAGUGACUGACGUUUCGACAACCUGUGCGGUAGUCAUCUUCAGAGUCAAAGUGAGUUGGUAAACUCGGUAGGUUUAGAACUAGCUAAAUGACGGUCUUUGAAAGAACCAUGUAUGUGAUGGGUUUGAAGUUAUUGGCCUUGUAAGAUGAGUUAGGGAGCGGGAGGACUGCUUAAAUCUGCUUUGCUUAGGCGGAAAGGAGUACAACCUCCAGUUAGCAACGCAAACUUUACCGCGGGGCAAGCCUUGCCGCAGGGGUAAUAUUUUAACGUUAUGGAGAUUUAUUAAGAUGCGACAUACGGACAGUUCAUAGCUCUGACCGCUCGCAAGUCACCACGUAAGUCUUGGCGCCAGAGCUGAAGACUGUUUUGAGGUUCUGAUUAAGUUUUUUUACGACUCUGACAUUUCUAGAUCGCAUGUAUUUCGCCUUCUUCGUACGUGGUGCAGGACACCUUGAACACCCUGAGGUACGCUCACCGCGCAAAGAGGAUCAAGAAUAAGCCUGUGGUGCAUAUGGUAUGUCUGUGGGCGAGUGUGUCAGUAACCAAUUAGUGCCAGAAGGUUAAUGAGAUCGUAUACAGCUAUUUAAUUAACGUUGUCGGAUUUUAAGGCCUCAAGCCUACGCGCGACAAGACCGCAAGGUCAUGUGGGUAACUGUAGAUUUGGUUAUAACUUCACGAUUGUCAGUGCUAUAGAACGGUAUUAAGUCUCAGAAACUUUUACCUUUGUCGUCCUUGUAUGACAGAAGAAUCGUGCUUUAUGGCCGAGUUUGAGAAUUUUUUAAAGGAGAUUGCUACAUUGUAGUAGCCGUAUGCCGGAUUUAGUCUAUUGACGGAUGAGUCAAAACCAGAUUACGAGACUUUUUCACCUGAGUAAACUGAACCGGAACCAAAGUAAUAAGUACUCUGGUCUGUUAAUUCAGCAAGACGAUACCGGAAAUAAAUGUUUUGUGGCAGUUCCCAGUAUGCUUGACCUUAAGUGAAGAAAAACGUGUGCAAGCAGAUCAAAAUCUGAGUUUUCUUCUGACAGCAACUGUUGAACGUGGCCUACUAAGACGAGUGAAACUUGAAGCGCGCAGUGUGCUCUUUACCCUGGGUACCAGAGUUUUUUUCUCGCGUGCGACGAGGAGCUUUGUCGGCCGCAGGCCGAAGGCACGAGCGGCGGGUCACUUUAAAAACUUGACCGAAACCGGAAACCGCGCAUGAAAAGCCUCUGGCACCCAGGCUAUGUGCUCUUAAGCACCGACACUAAACAAUUAGGACAGGGCUCGCCUGAGAUCAUAAGUACGCUUUUAAAUGAGAACUGAUUCAAACGCGUUUUCAGAAAGAUUAUUGUUUGAGGAUAUUUGACGAGACUUGUCUUUUUCAAUGUACCUGUGUUGGGAGUACGUCAAUCAUGAGCUCAGUUUACUUAACCUUUCUUUGCAGGACCCAAAGGAAAAGCUGAUUUUGAACCUAAAGCGAGAAAUAAAGUUACUUCGUACCGAAAACGCCUAUUUUCGUCAGCAGGUAUUUAGCGUCGAAAAUGUGCUCACACAUUUAGGUUUUAAAUUAUUCGUUCGCAUUUUAUUGAUUUGAUCACCACAUGCACUGCGAUUCGUUCGUUACUGCGUGUCUCAGAGUUGUUCUAUUAGCAGGUUGGUACUUUUUAGUGAGGGGCGUGGGGUGGGGGUUGUAAGCCAACAGUCCACAAAAAGUAAGAACAAAAACUAUCACUGAACCCUUGAUAUUUUGUCAGACAUGUCAUAUCAGCGAUAUGGACUGAUUUAUCAUUUUGGUAUUUCUGUUUCCUUAGCUGGGACUACCAAGCAGCGAGUCUCAAACAUCCGUGUCAAGUAACGACAGUAAAACAACAACCGAAGUGGAGGAUGAGAGUACACCAAAACUUGACGUUCCCAGUUCACUACCGCCAGGUGUGUGCAUCUUAGUUAUCUCUUGAGUGAUGGUGGAGUAACGGUGUUGCUGAAAUCCUUGAAUCGAAAUGCACCAAUGAGACUGUAGCCUUUGAAUCGUAGUUGACCAAUGAAACGGUAGACUUUCCGCCGGAAUACAUUAAUCAGUGUUCAAAACAAAACCUUACUGAGAUAGAUGUUUUUCAGUCAGUGACACAGACGGCUUGGAAGAAAAAAUCCGAGUACUCCAAAUAGGAGUCGAACCUCUGAUUACUUGUCCAGAUCCCCUACCACUAAGCUACAGGAGACUCGAGGACUCUAAACCUUACUGUUACCGAAAUCUGUUUCGAUCUCCAGCAGUAAUGCCCUUCCAGUUAGUGUCUCUUAUCUGCCUAACACUCUAAAAAUUGUUCCACCUCCAGCGCUGUAUCUGUAGAUAUAGGUCUUAGGCGCUUGAUCGUCACUGUUGGUUGGCGCUCAUGAAGAGGUGCGAAGCAAAAGCUUCUAAGAGGGCCAAGCCAGACUUGCAGACAACUUGCUUUGUAGGUUUUUAUCUUUAAUAGGUUCUCUUUUUUAUGCCCUGCAGCGAAACACUUACAAGCCCCUGAAGAUUCACAAAGACUGACAACCGCUAUGUAAGACAUCUAUUCCUUUGUAUUAGGUAUCAAUAGUAGACGAUACUAUAAGUCGUCAUCAUUACUAGUUUUGAAUAGUCUCUGUCUUUGGUGCUUCAAGUUUUGUCUCCCUCCAGCUUCACUAUCAUGAACAGUUCCUGACUUUUAUCUUAAUUUGUAGCAUGGCUGCUGGGGCAAACUCCGGUCUUUAUGACAUGCUACAAGAGUAUAUGGUCGAAAACGAACAUCUCAGGUAAAACAUGCAUGUUCUUAUUCCUUUGAAAGAUUCGUCUUUCCAGCAGUUGAAUUAAGGUUUUAUAAUUUUCAUUUCUUCACAGAACAACCAACGUCGAACUUGUGCAAAGUCGCGAAGAAGUCACCAGACAACAGAUGGUAAGUGAAGAACGUGAAUUUACGCGCUUUUUGGUGGUCUGUGUCAUUGCUUUCCGGUUCAAAUCAAGCGUAAUAGUCGUGGUGUCUAUUUCUCUUUGUAUUCUUAGGUGCUGUCAAGAGAAAAUGACCGACUCUCAAAGAAACUAGAAGAGUUAGAACGGUUAGUGAGCUCUUUGACUCACUUUUUUCUCGAGAACGAGUGAUAGGCAUCACAAUGAUGUGUGAGCUUUGUUAGUUUGUCGUAGCGGUAUGAAUUCUUGAACCGGUAUCAGGGCCAUGAUCACAGAACUAAUGCGAAAACCAAAGAAAUCGGUCUGACCAAUCACAGGAGAUACAAACAAUCCGAUGAACCAAUCAGAAAUAGAAAAAAACACAUGUAACCGGCGCCAAGCGCGGGAACAUUCGGGUGAACAAGUUACAACCCCUUCUCGUUUUGCUUCUGAUUGGUUGAUAAAAGUAGCGCAAGACAAUUUUUACUUAGAAGGAGGAACGAAGAUGAACUAGUAGCACAGGCAUCGUGUAAAUCCUCCUAACUUCUAAAUCUUUAAUUAUUACAGGGUAAUCGUUAAUUCGCCGAUGUCUCGAAGGACGUUAUCUGGUGUUGAACGCACUGGGUCUCUCCCUGAGGAGCACUUUAUGAACAGCGUAGCAGGCCACUCAGCUGAAACACGCCCGUCGCCGUUUGUGGAGGAGCAUAACCAUUUACUGAGGCGAAAUUCGCUUCCUAGUAAGAGAAACUUUUGUUAUAUACUUACUUCAUUCGAGUUUGUCCAUCCCUUUUUGCCGUUGGAGGUGUUUUUGAUUCGUAUUUCCUUUUGUCUCAGCGCAAUCCAGAGAUCGCCGUCGGUCGACCUCAGACCCCGCCCCUCAACCGUUGGUCACAAAAUUCCCGCCACUUCACAACGGGCCUUAUCCCAACUAUGUUGGACAGGUCGGCUGGCAUCCAAAAUCGGAGGCUCAACCUACGUCUCAGGAACCAACCCGAGGUAAGGUUUACAUACACUGUAAUGUAGCAUUAAGUGUGAAGGAUUGCUCGUGGUUUUGAAGAUUUAAAUUUUCCAGGCUGCUUACUCAUUAAAUCUCAUUAAAAAGCUGCUAAUCGUUUGGAUUUUCCGAUUUCCGACAGGAAAACCCCACAAACACACGCAAAACUGCGACUUUGACUUUUCGUUAUGAACACUGAUUUAUAUUCAAAUACUAGUAUCUGAAAUAGUGGACUCCUUAAAAAUUCCUGAACUUAAUGAGAACUUUUCGUAAUGAAAGUCAGAAGGUAAUUGUAGUUGCGCUGUCAUUAGACUGGAGUUGUUUGCACUCAGUACCGUUUUUAUGUGAAGCUGUGCGUUCUAAGCGUAGGAUAGUUUUUGGUGUUUUCAGUCGGCAUAAACACUGAAUUCCAGGUUAGUUACUUUCAGUUACUUUAUUUUGUUUGUUUAUGACUUCAGAGACAAACAACAACGUGCCUCCGAGGGUACCGCAUGGUCACUCCGUCCCAGACUAUACGCACAAGCCAAAACCUACAAUCAGCACGUAAGUUAUGUGCACAAUAAGAUAACCCUAUCAACAUAGUACACUCCCGAGGUCAAGUUCCACAGUAAAAAAGGAGUUCAGAGCCAUGUCAUGUUGCUUGUACAAAGCCAGCCUGGCCUCCUCCUGUCAGCUUAAUUUUAAGCUUUUAGCCUUCGUAUUUUCUUUCCGCACCAUUCUCCAUACGAAACUGAGAAGGAACUAAUAAAGGUACUGAACAAGGACAAUUAAAAUGGAGCCGAAACCAAUUUUAGAAUUGCACCCAUUUUAGGCAUUCUCAGGCUCAUGAUGAAAAUUUACCUCAUUUAGAUAUUUGCGGCAGCAACAUUUUUUUCUAGACUGCUGCCUUAAAAUCUCUCAUUUCCAGUAUGUGUCUAUACGUAGGCACGGAAAGGUUAACGUGUUGACCAUGUUAUGUUUAAUUUGACAAAGUUAUUUUAUUUAUUUUGCGUUUCCAUUGCUUUUGCCCACUAACCUGCGUGCUAUGAUCGCUCAGCGAACCCAGGGGACAUAGCUUUGAUAUUGAAUUUGUAAGAGUUAUUCCUAUGACAUGGGUAAGGUCAAAACUAGUCUAAGUAACAUUGGUAAAUCAAGUCAGUCAUUAAAUUUUGCUUUUACAAAACUGUACUUUUUUUUCUUUACGCAGAAAGAAGAGGUCCGUUCCUGUUACUUUAAACGAUCGUCAAAAAGGCGCUAACAGCUAUGCGCGAAUGUUUGCUGCGCUCAAAGAGAAGAAAGCAAAGGGGGCGAAAGAAAAUGAAGCGAAAAAGGUCGUACAAAAUGGUGAUGUAAAUCAUAGCAAGGGCGCCAAAGAACAGUUCAAUUCUCAGGUGCAAAAAGAUGGAACUAGUUUUGGUGGUCAUCAAAGUGUUGGGUGGCCUGUGGAACAAGAUGUGCACUUCAGUAAUAACCUUGUACCCGGUAUGUCCACUGACAUGAAUUUUCUUUUGUAUUGGUGUUAUUUAUUAUUCUGUUACUUUGCUUAAUACUCAACAAAGAAAUUACGUACUACAUAAUCAGAGUAAUAAAAUUUAUGAUAUCGAAAGACGUUUUUGUCCAAAAGGUUUUUCGAGGUUUAACCUGAGGUUAAUUUCUUGAAUUAUCGACAUGAAACAUGGUGAUUAAGGAUCACUCUUCUUUUACCGGCACCGGACUAGUCUUUGACAGUUGUGCGCGCUAAUUUUGUUUCGUUGCUUUUAAAUUUGUUGUCAUCUUUAUUAACCGCAGACACGAGACAUUAUCGAUUUUAUAAUCAUGCUUGACAAAUGUUUCUUGUCGCUCGGUACAAAUAACUCACUGACAAACGAGAAUUCAAGCGCGUAAAGACAAGUUUCAGUGUCCGUGCACGAAGUUCAAGCGACCUGCACAUUAAAAAAGGAGCACAACUCAUCUUCAAUGCUUCAAUGUUUUAAAUUUUGCUCAUGUUUUCCUGACACGUGUGCAAGUUCUAUCUGUUCCCGAAAGCUGGCCGUUUACUUAAAACAUUAAAAACAAUUUAAAAACCAUUAUUAUGUACUCAACUUCUAAAAAAUUGCUUACCUUUUUAAACAUUGUUAAGUUCUUGUUUUCGAGCAACUGAAGAGGUGAAGAACCAACUGCAUCCUGCAUGUUUAUAAAUUUGGGUAAUCCCCGGUGUAAUAUAAUUUAUUCGUUUUCUUUGUUUUAUGUUGAGGAUGUUUUGUAGUCUUUGUUUUACGUCAGCUGUGAGUAAUAAAUUAUAUUACACCGGAGAUGAGCCAAAGAUGUGAAGAACGUGAAUCAUUUUUCUGCCGCAGUGGCUAGCGGUGAGCCUUUACCGAUACGAAAUACUCGAUAUCGAUACGUCAUCCGCCCUCAGCAAGUUAGGAAUCAUCUUGAUGUCUUCAAGCAUUGCAAUAAAGCUUGUAAAGCGUUUUGUCGUUUUAAAUAAUGAGAAUAAAUGCAUUGCGACUCUAAACCUGCGUUGAUUCUACGUGAAUAAAUUGAACCGAUAUAUUUUAUAUAUCGAGAUUUUCGGCGACCCACCACUGACGAGGGCGGGAAAAAUGGAAACCGUGCACUGGUGCACAAGGCGACGCGCGGGAACAAACAAAACCGGUGCAAAAGCGCGGGAAAACAUUCAGUGCAAGAUUGGUAUUACAUUUGUGCAUUUAUACUUAUGAGUCUAUUUGUUAUUUUGAGUGGCUUUUAAUGGUCAUCUACCCUGUACUGGUAACGUAAACGAGCUGUUUAUAGGCCAAAAUAAUUCGCGAUUUUCCUCUUUUUGCAGGUGGAAAUCACCAACUAGCUGAACGCACAAGACAGGAGCUCGAACAGUUAGACUCACAGAUAGAAUACCACAGAUUUAUGGCACAAAACAGAUACAACCACAACCCGCCUAGAUGACACUCGGUUGUCGUUCAGUUAUAAAAGUUAGUCUUCGAUCGGAGAAAAUGGGAGGGUUCCAGCCAAAUGGAACAAUUGAAAGGAAAUAUUAUGAAUUGCGGAAGUUGAAAUAAAACGUGUAGGAUAUUUUAAAGAAUAGUUGUACAUAUUAUUUACCUU